AUGAUAGAGUUUUACUCCAAGUUAAGUUGGGUUCUUUUGGGUUUAGGGGAGAGCGCAAGGGCACCGGAGGAAGCUGCGAGCAAGAGUAUGAUGAGAGCGUUCAACGGUUCGCAACCUGCUGUAUCGGAGAUCAUGCCAAUACACGCAGGACAGAUGAAAGAGGCCAAACAGCAGAAUGUCGAGACUUACAUCGGCACCGAAGACACCGAGGAGACCUCCUUCAUCUCCGAGGCUCCAUGA